GCCGCUGCCGGGGCCCGGCGGGGUCGGGAUCGGCACCGGCACCGCCUGUCCCGGGAUCGGCACCGGCGCCGCCUGUCCCGGGGCCGCUGUCGGGGAUCGGGGCCGGGCUCAGCGCGUUCCGAGCGACCGGGAUCGGUGUCAGAAGCCACUGCCGGUGAACCCGGGGCGGGUGUCGGGGGUCCCGGAGCCGGUACCGGUGACCUCAGGGCCAGUACCGGUUAUCCCGGAGGGGUGUCAGGGGUCCAGGAACCGGUACCGGUUAUCCCUGGGCGGGUGUCGGUGACGCGGAGAGGGUGCCGGGAGUCGGGAACCGGUACCGGGGAUCCCGGGGCGGUGCCAGGGGUCCCGGAGCCGGUACCGGUUAUCCCGGAGGGCUGUCGGGGGUCCCGGAACCAGUAGCGGUGCCCCGGAGCGGGUGUCGGUGACGCGGGGAGGGUGCCGCAGGUCGGGAACCGGUACCGGGGAUCCCGGAACCAGUACCAGUUACCCCAGGGCCGGUAUAGGGUACCCCGGGCCGGUGUCGGGGGUCCUGGAGCAGGUGCUGGUGACCCGGAACCGCUCCCGGUGAUCCGGAGUGGGUGUCAGUGACCGGUACCGGGACCCGGAGCAGGUGUCCAUUACCCCAGCGCCGGUACCGGUGACCCGGAGUUGGUGUCACUGCCCCGGUCCUGGUGACCCAGGGCUGGUGUCCAUAACCCCAGUGCCGGUACCGGUUCCAGUCCCAGGCCGGUUCCAGUGACCCAGGGCCAGUGUCCGUAACCCUUGUGCCAGUCUCAGUCCCAGCGCCGUUCCUGUUUCCAGUCUCAGUUCCAGUCCCAGUCCCGUUCCUGUUUCCAGUCUCAGUUCCAGUCCUGUCCCCGUGACCCAGACCAGGUGUCCGUAACCCCAGCGCCGGUCCUGGUUCCAUUCCCGGUGCCGGUCCCGGUUCCAGUCCCGGUGCUGGUUCCAGUCUCAGUUCCAGUCCUGGUCCUGGUGACCCAGAGCUGGUGUCUGUAACCCCGAUCCUGGUCCCAGUUCCAGUCCCAGUUCCAGUCCCGGUGCCGUUCCUGUUUCCCGUCCCGGUUCCAGUCCCGGUUCCAGUGACCCAGGGCUGGUGUCCGUAACCCCAGUCCCGGUUCCAUUCCUGGUUCCAUUCCUGGUUCCGGUCCCAUUCCCGGUCCCGGUGCCGGUUCCAGUCUCAGUCCCAGUCCUGGUGACCCAGGGCCGGCAUCUGUAACCCCGGUACCGGUCCCGGUUCCAUUCCCAGUUCCAUUCCUGGCGCCGGUUCCAGUGCCCCAGGGCCGGUGUCCGUAACCCCAUUCCCGUUCCCGUUCCCGUUCCCGUCAUGUACGCGGCGGGCGCGGCGGGCCCGGUUCCGUCGCGGCGCCGUGGCGCGGCGCUGCCCAAGCAGCCGGAGCGCAGCCUGGCGUCGGCGCUGCCGGGGGCCCUGGCGAUCACCGCGCUCUGCACCGCGCUGGCCGAGCCCGCCUGGCUGCGCAUCCACGGCGGCACCUGCGCCCGCCAGGAGCUGGGCGUGGCCGACGUGCUGGGCUUCGUGCAGCCCGAGCUGCUCCGAGAUUUCUGCAUGAACCCACAGACGGUGCUGCUGCUCCGGGUCAUUGCUGCUUUCUGCUUCCUGGGCAUCCUGUGCAGCCUCGGCGCUUUCCUGCUCGACGUCUUCGGGCCCAAACACCCGGCCCUGAAAAUCACCCGGCGCUACGCCUUCGCCCACAUCCUCACAGUCCUGCAGUGCGCCACGGUGAUCGGGUUCUGCUACUGGGCCUCGGAGCUGCUCCUGGCGCAGCAGCAGCAGCACAAGAAGUACCACGGCUCCCAGGUGUUCGUCACCUUCGCCGUCAGCUUCUACCUGGUGGCCGGGGCGGGCGGCGCCUCCAUCCUGGCCACGGCCGCCAACCUGCUCCGGCACUACCCCAGCGAGGAGGAGGAGCAGGCCCUGGAGCUGCUCUCCGAGAUGGAGGAGGCCGAGCCCUACGGGCCCGACUACGAGGUGGUCAACCAGUUCCAGCCGCCGCCCGCGUACACGCCCUGA